UCUGUGUGUGAACAGCUCGCCAAAUAAAAAUUAUGAUAAUACAAUUCAUAAUAUUUAUUAUAAUUAUCGAGUAUCAGUUUAUUGCUAUUGAAAUUUAUGUAUACACGUCUAUAGUUCUGACUUCAUUUGUUAGUUACAACGACAAACGUUAAAAUGUACGCCAAUACGUUGGCCAAUACACUCUUUAAACGAUGCUUCUACAAUUAUUACUCCAGCUAACAUAUCAAUGUGUAUAUUACUAGUAGUCGUAGCCGUAUGCGCCCCCAUGUUAUAAAAAAAUUAAAAAAAACUAUUAUCCAUUAAAUAAGUCUCCGAGUCCAAUAUCUUCUUACCUCGAUAUUAUGACGUCCAUAAUACAUUUUCACUCGUUAUCGGGUGCUAUGGACGAAUCUCCACCUUGUUACCUAUUGCAGAUAGACGAAUAUAAAUUCCUUUUGGAUUGUGGAUGGGACGAACACUUCAGUAUGGGUGUAAUUGAUAAUUUAAAAAGACACAUUGACCAAAUAGACGCAGUCUUGCUAUCGCAUCCGGAUCAAUUUCAUCUGGGCGCUCUUCCGUACCUGGUCGGUAAAUGCGGUCUAAACUGUCCAGUGUAUGCCACUAUCCCCGUUUAUCAAAUGGGUCAAAUGUUCAUGUACGACUUGUAUCAAUCUAUGUACAACGUAGAAGAUUUUAAUUUAUUUAAUUUGGAUGAUGUCGACGCUGCUUUCGAUAAGGUUGUUCAAGUGAAAUUCAAUCAAGUUAUUGCGUUGAAAGGUAAAGGGAUCGGUAUAAGUGUAGUGGCUUUACCAGCAGGUCAUACGGUCGGUGGAGCUAUAUGGAAAAUAUCAAAAGCGGGCGAAGAAGAUAUUGUCUACGCAGUGGAUUUUAAUCAAAAAAAAGAGAGACAUUUGAACGGUAGCGCUUUGGAAAAACUUACACGACCGUCUUUAUUGAUUUUAGAUUGUUCCAAUGCCGCUUACCUGCAAGCAAGGCGCAGAACUAGAGACGAAACCCUAAUAACAAAUAUUUUCACUACUCUUCGUAACAAGGGUAACGUUUUAAUACCAACAGACACUGCUGGACGUGUUUUAGAAUUAGUGCAUAUGUUAGACCAAUUGUGGCGCAAUAGAAACUCUGGUCUUUUUCUUUAUUCGUUGAUAUUCUUGACUAACGUUAGUUAUAACACUGUAGAAUUUGCAAAAUCACAAAUUGAAUGGAUAAGCGAUAAAUUAAUGAAAAGUUUCGAAGGUGCAAGAAGUAAUCCUUUUUCCUUAAAACACGUUAAGCUAUGUCACAACAUGAAUGAUUUGAAUAAUGUUCCAGAACCAAAACUUGUACUAGCUAGUAAUGCUAACCUGGAAAGCGGAUUUUCGCGUGAAGUCUUUCUGAUGUGGGCAUCCAAUCCAAAAAAUACCAUUAUUCUCACUCAUAGAACUGCUCCCGGUACACUGACUCGGGACUUAAUUGACCACGGAGGCAAUAGAAAUGUUAAAUUGACAAUUAAGAAACGUGUACCAUUAGAAGGAGUAGAAUUGGAAGAAUAUAAUAACAAGAUUGACUCUAAUAAAAAUACUCUAGAUUGUUCUGGUUUUGACAAUGACACUGUAUCGAUGCAAGAUGAACAAAAGUUGUUGGCGGACACUGAUUGUUCACACUCGACAGAGCUAACAAAAAAAGACACGGAACCAGUGUUUCCUUAUUAUGAAGAAAAAUUCAAAUAUGACGCAUACGGCAAAAUAAUCAAACAAGAAGAUUAUAUCAAUUUCGAUAACGGCUAUGUGAGUGACGUGAAUGCUGCAUAUGCACACAAUAACAAGGCAGUCGAUGUACAGGAAGAAGUCGAUCCGAAUGACCUUCCUUCCAAAUGUGUGGAGUACGAAUGUGUGAUACACGUUGCUGCGAAAAUUACACAAAUCGAUUUUGAAGGACGUUCUGAUGGGGAAUCGUUAAAACAAACUGUACUUUCAUUGAGGCCAAGGCGUUUAUUGUUAGUGAGGGGUUCGGAAACAAACACAAACACUGUUUUGGACUUUACAAAAGUUUUGUCCGACAGUAGAGUAUUUGCACCUGAGGUGGGCCAGUUUUUAAACGUUACAGCAGAGACCCAUAUUUACCAAGUACGUUUAACCAAUAAGCUACUUUCAACGAUAAGUUUUCGAAAAGGUAAAAAUGAAGAGUUAGCGUAUAUUGACGCGAAAUUAAAACUAAAAGACAAUGUGACUGGUGAAAGUGAUAUGGAAAUUGAUGGGAAUACCCCCCAGCAUGAUAAAUUGUUAAACGUGGAAGAACAACAGCUGUAUUCACUAGAACCUUUACCAAAGUCAGAAGUUUGUUCUCAUGAGAAAUUAUUCAUUAAUCGUUUGAAACUGUCACAUUUUAAACAAUUAUUAUCAAAGAACAAUAUAUGCUGUGAACUAUCAGGAGGAGUUCUAUGGUGUUGUAAUCGCACUGUGUGUGUUCGUAGAAAUUCAUCGGGGAAAAUACUUAUAGAAGGAUUAAUAAGUCAAGAUUAUUACACGAUACGCCGUCUUUUGUACGAUCAGUUUAUAGUAAUUUGACAAUUUUCAAAAAUAAACACCUACACCAACUAUUUCUACUUAAUGUUGGUGUAUUUAUGUACAUGUUUGUAUACUCUAUGUCAUGGACUACAUUUAUAUAUAAUUCAAUUAAUAAACCCACUCUUACUUUU